CUCGGUAACGACUGCUAGCGUUUGGGCGGGAUCGGAUCGGAACAAUCGAAUGUGUGCAGUGGAGUUGUGGAGGCCAAGUUUAAUAUACAACACCCCAUGACCAUAGCAGAAACGAUGAGUCAGAACAUUGGAUUGCGUCGUUCUGUGAAGACACGGAAGUGAUAAGGAAAUUAUUGUAAAUAAAUCACAGUUUCUCAUGCAAAGGCUGUGGUUGGUCUCAAGGACAGAGGAAACUGGUUUGAAAACAGAUUCUCUGUUGAACUCAUAGGCAGAUGAUGUACCAACUAUUAUGUGUGCCUCAGCAUAGAUUGAAAUGUUUAGUCGCAGGAAGCAAAUUGUAUGUCUAUCAGUGGGUGCCUUUUUAGCAAUUAUAGGAAUAAUCUUCUUCCUUUGCUUUCCUGUGAUAUUUAACUUUUUACUCAAAAAACAAAUAGCUCUUAAAAAUGGUACAAUUGGAUAUAAUGUGUGGCAAGAUAUUCCACUGCCUAUCUAUCAGAGGUUGUACUUCUUCAACAUCACUAAUCCCGAAGGUAUCAUGAGAAGAAAAGAAAAGCCUCGACUCAAGGAAAUUGGGCCUUAUACAUUUAAAUCUCGAUGGGUAAAAGAAGCAAUUACUUGGCAUCCAAAUGGUACUGUAAGUUUUAAAGAAAUUAGAACUUUUGUCUUCCUUCGCAAUGAAUCCAUUGGAAGCCAAGAUGACCAAAUUGUUACGUUGAAUGCACCUCUUUUACUAGCUGCCAAUUUUCUCAAAACAUACGACCUUCCUGUCCGACUUGCAGCGUCUUUUCUUUUUGGUGUUGCUGGGGAAAGGCUUAUUGUUAAGAAAUCUAUCAAACAGUUGGCUUUUGAUGGGUAUCGGGACAUCAUCAUUUUACUUUCGCCAUUGCUAAAAAAAGAUAUACCCUUCAAGAAUGGAUUGUUCUCCUGGCUUUAUGGUAAAAAUGAUACUGAUGAUGGAAAUUAUACUGUGUGGUCAGGGGAAGAUGGUCUUGAUAAAUUAAAUGUCAUCAACAUGUGGAAUGGAAAAGAGUCAUUAGGUUUUUGGAGUGGAAAGACAUGCAACAUGUUUAAUGGAUCUAAUGCAGAAAUUGGACCCCCUAUUUUACCGUAUCAACGCACGUACACUUUCUUCCAAUCAGUAUUUUGCAGAUCUAUAACUCUAGAUUAUGUGACUGAUAUAGAACACUUGGGUGUGGAUUCUAAGCGGUUUAUGACUACAAAUCUCACUUUUGCCAACGGAACUGAUAAUCCUGCCAAUGCAUGUUUUAGCACGGAGAUGAAACUUGCUUCUGGUGCUCAGGAUAUCAGUCGAUGCCAAUAUGGUGCUCCAGUGGUUCUUUCCUUUCCUCAUUUUUAUUUCGGAGAUCCUUCUUAUCUUAAUGCAGUGGAAGGUCUGCAUCCAAACUCAUCUCGACACAGCUUUCAUAUUGACGUGGAACCAAAUACUGGUUUCAGCGUUGAUGCUCGAGUUAGAUUUCAAGUAAAUUUAUUUGUUCAGAGAGUUCCUGGAAUAUCUCAACUUGCGAAUGUUCCAAAAGUCAUGUUUCCCGUAUUUUGGGCCGAAAUCGCCUUUUCUUUAACAGAUGAAUUAGCAAAUAUUUUUAAAACCAAGAUUUACCAGCCAAAAGUGCUAGCAUUUUCUUUCAUCUUUGGGUGUAUUGGGUUGGGAAGCUUCAUUUGGGUUCUUGCCAUGGUGCUGAUGUGUUACUCUAAAAAGGAAAAUAAAACGAUAUCCCCUGCCUCAACCAGAUAGUGUGAUCGUCAAAUAGAAUGCUGCGACCGAGAAUCCUGUCCGGUAAGAAUGCAUCCUACCGAAAGAACACCCUUGCUCUAAGAAAAAGAACUCAUGUAAAAUUAUGAAAACAUAAGUGGAAAGAAUCUCAAAAAGAUCUUGUCAAAUAUUGCCUUGUUUUAAAGCUUGAAAUGUUGCAAGUUAUUUGUAUAUUUCACGAUUUUAUCUUUAUACUGUCUUGUUAAUAAAAAUUUACACUUUUAAA